AUGGUAAAGAAGAAGACUGCUUCAGUGAAGCUUAAAUGGAGGAGUAGAAGCAGUCGUGGUAAGGUGGAAGUGAAGAUACUGACAACCGAAACGGACAUGGAAGCAGCUUCUUCAAGAAACCAACCAACCAGAGGGAUUCUUGAAAGGAAUACUGCGAGAGCUUUGUGUGGACAAUGUCUACCAGGGAUAUUUGUCUUUUACAUAGCACUACAUUCCAGAAACUGGAAAUCCAAGAACCGCUCAUGGAUGAAACUGAUACAAAGGCUACCUCAUCCUACAUGUAUUGAAAAGGGCCAUUCGACGGGACACUUGCUAAAGCUGAUUUCAGCAACACGUCUGCUAUCUUAUCCUACAGUACAUUGUGAGAGGAGGAAGGGAUUUAUUCAAGCAUCUUCCUGA